CCCACCGAUAAGACAUUGCAAAGGAGAAAGCUUUCGUUGGUAUGCCGCCAUUCCGAGUACCUCGAACCUCAUCAACCACAUUGGGGUUCCUCUAAUUUCUCUUCCAUUUCUUCACAACCAGGAACAUUACCGCCCAAGGUUUUUGUUGGUUACUCAAUUUAUAAGGGAAAGGCUGCUCUUACAGUGGUUCCUUGUGCUCCAGAGUUCUCACCUUUAGAUUCAGGGGCAUUCAAACUGUCAAAAGAGGGCUUUGUGUUACUUCAGUUUGCUCCCGCAGCUGGUGUUCGUCAGUAUGAUUGGAGCAGAAAGCAGGUGUUUUCAUUGUCAGUUACUGAGUUAGGGUCUUUGAUUGGCCUUGGGGAAAAAGAGUCAUGCGAUUUUUUUCAUGACCCUAACAAAGGAAAAAGUGAUGAAGGCAAAGUCAGGAAGGUGUUGAAGAUUGAACCCCUACCUGAUGGAUCUGGCCAUUUCUUCAAUCUCAGUGUGCAAAACAAGCUUAUAAAUGUUGAUGAAAGCAUCUACAUACCUGUUAUGAGAGCUGAAUUCACUGUUCUUGUAUCUGCUUUCAAUUUUGUAUUGCCAUAUCUUUUAGGUUGGCACACCUGCGUAAGCUCCUUCAUUCCAGAUGAAGAGACAAGCCAUGCAAAUACUGCUAAUCCCAGAUCAGGUGCUACUUUUGAGUGGCAAAGAUAGAUAUGAGAAAUGGUACUGACUUGUGAGGUCACUGGUGAUGGGCUUGCUUCUUGCACUUCAAUCUUUUUGCCAUUACUCUUUCAUCUGGUCAUGAUGUAUUUUGUUGGGUGCAAGUUGUAACCGGGUACAUAACACCGAAUGCUACCAUCAUGAAACAUUAAUAUAGUCGUUAUGCAAUAUUAGUUGUUAUGUGCUGAUUAUGGAAGAUUUCAAGCCAUUGUCAAUGAAUCAUCACAAUCGUGUCAUAAUGAGCAAGUAGUUUAUUGCACUAUUUCCAUUUUUUUAUAUUAAAUACUCGAUCUAAUCGAGGAUGAUUAAAACUCUUC